AUGCCCGUGGAGCUGCCAUGCCCGUGGAGCGAGCAUGCCACCGUCGCUGGUACGGGCCGUCGGCAUGUUGGCACCGCUCUUGCCGGAGUCCCCGUCCUCGUAACUUUCCGCCGUGGAGCUUUCCACUUUUGGGCGGACCGUAAAGGCUCGAGACAUGCCAAGCCAAGCCAGCAUCUCGAUUGA